AUGAAGGUGGCCCCGGCCUUGUUGGAGAAUUCACGGCAAGACCCCCCGGAUUCGUUGAGAUUUUGUCUGGGCGACGGGUUGGCGCAGCUGGUUCUCUGCGAAAAUGGUAAGACGUGUGUGGAUGUGCUUAGCCUGGGGAGAGAUCGUGUGCCGAAGGAGCUGACCCCGUUCUCGACGAUCAUCACAGGAGCGGACAUCGCAUGUUUGAUGGCUUCCUGCGUGGGGUACCUGGUGAUCUGUUUGGCAAUAGAGUACGGCCAGACGUCCCCCAAGCUACUCGGCUGGUUGAGGCCGGACCCGAAAACCGAUCGACACUCCGACACUGAUCCCGAAGAGGAUGACGAGGAUGUGGCGGCGGAGGCUAGGCGGGUGGAAGAGAUGGAAGGCGUGCUGAGGGACGGGGAAGGGGGUGGUGAGGGACCCAAGGUGGCAGUGCAGGGGCUCAGCUUCUCCGUGGCGAGGGGCGACUGCUUCGGAUUUCUCGGAAUCAACGGUGCAGGCGAGCAACCCAACGCUCACACAAGCAAAGAGUCCACACAUGUGGACAAGAUGUUUAGCGCUCGAAAACGCGGACGAUCCGGGAACGCCGGGCGGCAGGUGCCCAAAGCCUACCAUAACUACCAGCGGCAGUAUGGAGCAGACCACCGACAGUACGGAGAGGUGGAGGAGCACUUGCUUCUAUACGCGCGGAUCAAGGGUGUCAACGAGAACCGGAUAGGGCAUGUGGCCGGCGAGAAGAUGCAGCAGAUGGACCUGACGCCGUUCCGCGAGACGAAGGCGUUCGAGCUUAGUGGAGGAAACAAGCGCAAGCUCUCGGUGGCAAUCGCCAUGAUCGGAGACCCCAGGGUCGUGUUCUUGGAUGAGCCAUCCACGGGAAUGGACCCCAUCGCGAGACGCUUCAUGUGGGACAUCAUCAGCCGGAUGACCACCACCGACAGAGAGUGCUCCGUGAUUCUGACGACACAUAGCAUGGAAGAAGCCGAAAGUCUCUGCAACAACAUCGGCAUCAUGGUGAAUGGGCGGCUGCGAUGUCUCGGGUCCACACAGCACCUCAAGCACCGGUUCGGGAGCGGCUUCGAAGCCGACAUGAAGUUGCAGCCGCCGUCGACUGCUGCGGCCACAGAGGUCAUGCAGCUCUUGAUGGCGCAUGGCGUCGCAAACAUAAUUGGUGACGAUAUCGACAGCUCGAGAUUGUGGGGCCCUCUGGAUAUUUGCUGUGAUGGACUGGCGAGAGGAGAUUUUGACAGAGCUGAGGCUUUGGAAACUGCUCUAAAAUGCGGGAGUGGUGCGUUUCUCCAAGACGUGCUUGGCUCGGAAGGAGGAACCUUGCCUACCAGGCUGUUCAUCGACUGGUAUCUCUGCGAGCAGAGGGCUGACAACCUUAACGAUUUCUUGGAGGAGACCUUUCCAGGAGCAGAACUGGUCGAGAGGCCGACUUUGUUUUCAUGCCGGUACAAGAUUCCUUACCAGGAUGGGAUGAAACUUGCAGACGUCUUCGAACAUUUCGAAGCUGCCAAGGCCAAGCUCGGUCUUGCUUCGUAUGCAGUGGGACAGACGACGCUGGAGCAGAUUUUUAACAGCCUCGCCGUCACCAAGGACAACCCUGAGGUUAGGCUGAGACAGACAAGCGAGAGCGAAGAUGCUGUGUAGAUGUCGAUGGAGACAUGAACGAGUACAGAAGACGAACGGGAAGGUUAGGGUUAGGGUCCAAACGAACCCUCAGAAUUCGCAUAUGGCGGAUGGAACAAGUCCUUCGGUGCACCACCACUGUCGAAGAAGGAAUAAAACGACUGACAACGGAAGGACGAGUAACACGGGGGCGCGGAUAUCUAAUUUGUAUGCUGGGUACUGGGGAUUUGUGGACCCAGGUUGCGGGGAGCAUGGUAGGGCGCCGCCAUGUCCCCUGAGGACACGCCGAGCAAAGAAAAUUUCCGGAGGUGGUGAGUCCUUGAUGUGUACGGAAAACCUCAUAGCCACAUGGCCUAGUCAAGCAUUGCUACCCUGCAUGGGGUGGCAUGCAUUACGGGUCCACAGUCGAGGCACGGGCUUCAAUGCGGUUCAACGCUGGGAUAAGGGUGAAAUACCGGGAGAGAGAGAACACAAGGGCCACAAUUGUGUGCACGAUGGGCGGAUGGGCGGAGUGCCGUCUUGUCGUUGCUGUUGAUGUCGACGUUGGAGAAAUCAUUUUUUCGAUUCCUGCACCAGUCCGUCGGCAUCGGAGCCCUGACACAGGAGAUGAAUGGCGAUUGCUCUUU